AUGCAUUAUUUCAAAACUCAUGUGGAAGGUCCUUUGAUUGUUUUACUCCAACUUUGUCGAGCAAAGAAAGUGGAUAAUGAAUUCAGGAUUUCAAGCUCAUACAACGCUACACAACUAUGGUUUAAUCACCCUUGCAAGGAAGUCCAGGAAUUUAAAGACAGUUUGAAAGUUGAUACCAGGCCACCUCUAAGUGUACAGACUGUGUCUCACAUGUCUCAUGGCAAUGCUGCUGAUAAUUCAAAAACUCCUAUUAAAGUAACUACAAUCGAGGAUCUUUAUGAAAGAGCCGAGGAGGGCUACUACUGGGUUCCUGGAAGGAUUGUUGCUAUGGAGAGUACUACCAAUUGGUUUUACCAUUCAUGUAGAAGUGAGGGAUGCUUUAGGAAAUUACACUUGAAGAAUGGGGCUUUGCAAUGCCUAAAAUGUGCCACAAGCUGGCAAGAGGGAAACUUAAGGUACAGGCUCACUGUGAGGGUAGGUGAUAAGACCACAGAUGCUCCUUUUCUGUUGUGGGACAAGGAGGGCUGCGAGAUAAUUGGAAAGACUGCAUUCGACCUAAGGAGCAAAUACUCAGUGGAUGGGUCUCCUCUGCCAACCGGUAUGGAAGAAGUCCGUAAUAAGGCUAUGGUCUUCAAGAUUUCUGCUAAGAGUGAUCACUUCAGGAACCGAGCAAUAGCGAUACCUGUGGUUGGAAUAGCACAGGAUGAAGAUUUAAUUGAUCACUACUGUCCAUGUUUAAGUGAUGAACAAGAUCAGCUAUCAAGGAUGUUAAAUGAAGAAGAACCAGAAGUCGAGUCUGAUGAGUCUGAAUCGGGUGAUGAGGCAACCAGUCCCAAUCCUAUUCAAGCUAAGAAGCAAAAGCUGGAUGAACAAGAUGAACCAUUGGAAGCAGUGUCAUCAAAAAGGAAUCUACUUGAUCAGUUUUCAUCAAGUAGAGAUGUUAAGAAAGCAAAAGCUGUUUUGGUUAAACAGGAGUAUGAACAGGCAGAUAUCAAGUGGCAGGCACAAGAAAUAGAUUUGCAAGAAACAUGA